CGUCCAGGCUCCUCCCCCGCGGCCGGGUCGGACCGGGCCGCGAUGCGAGCGGGCCGGAGGGCGGCGGCGGCGGCACGAUGUGGCUGCGGCCCGAGGAGGUGCUGCUGAAGAACGCGCUCAAGCUCUGGGUCACCCAGAAGAGCAGCGGCUACUUCGUCCUCCAGCGGCGGCGCGGACACGGGGACGGCGGGGGCCGCUUCACCGGUCGUUUGGUGGGUGCCCUGGACGCAGUGCUAGAUUCUAAUGCACGUGUUGCUCCAUUUCGAAUUUUACUUCAAGUUCCGGGAUCACCAGUUUACUCUGCCAUAGCAUGUGGUGAGUUAUUGAAUGGAUCAGAAGUUUACUGGGCCAUAUCUGCUGGUGCCACUUUAGAGGAGAUAAAUCAGCACUGGGAGUGGCUGGAACAAAACUUACUCCAUACUUUGUCUGUUUUUGAUAAUAAAGAAGAUAUUGUUAGCUUUGUCAAAGGGAAAGUAAAGGCAUUGAUAGCAGAAGAGACCAGGAGUAAAGUAGCAGAGCAGGAGGAGGAUCCUGAGAAGUUUCGAGAGGCGCUAGUGAAAUUUGAAGCCAGAUUUAACUUCCCUGAAGCAGAGAAGUUAAUUACCUAUUAUUCAUGCUGCUGCUGGAAGGGUAAAGUUCCUCGUCAAGGCUGGCUUUAUCUGAGCAUCAAUCACCUCUGUUUUUAUUCCUUCUUCCUAGGCAAAGAAUUAAAACUCCUAGUUCCCUGGGUUGAUGUCCAGAAACUGGAAAGAACCUCCAAUGUCUUUAUGACUGAUAUCAUCCGUAUCACCACUUCAAGUAAAGAACGAGACUUCUCCAUGUUCCUUAAUAUUGAUGAGGCAUUCAGGAUAAUGGAGCAGCUGGCAGACGUAACGCUCCGAAGGCUACUAGAUAAUGAGAUCUUUGAACUGGAUCCAGGUCUCCAGGAUCCUACUCAGAUUACAAAAAGGGAUCUUGAAGCCAGAGCACAGAGUGAGUUCUUUCGGGCCUUUUUCAGACUGCCGGGGAAGGAGAAGCUACAUGAAGUUGCAGACUGUUCUCUGUGGACUCCAUUUAGUCGCUGUCACACAGCAGGAAGGAUGUAUACUUCAGACAGCUAUAUCUGUUUUGCCAGCAAAGAAAGUGGGUGUUGCAAUGUUCUCAUCCCCCUUAGAGAGGUGGUUAGUAUAGAGAAGAUGGAGGACACUAGUCUCCUUCCCAAUCCCAUCAUCAUUAGUAUAAGGAGCAAGAUGGCCUUUCAGUUCAUUGAGUUGAAAGACAGGGAUAGCUUGGUGGAGAACCUGCUUCUGAGACUAAAACAAGUCAACACCAGCAACCCAGUGCUCUAUAACUGCUUGGAAAAAAAAGAAACGAACUCUCUCGUGUUUCAUUCAACAUGUGUGUUCAGUGACUGUGAGUCCCGGGAUUUGGGAAUGGUGGCUUCCCAAAGCGAAGACAAGAAUGAAGGUGAAAAGGAGAGCAGUCACCUGUUAAAUGCAGAGGCACUACGAUCAGUCUUUCACCAGUCUGGAGCUGAAGGGAGUGACUUCAGGAUGUCCAGGGAACAAAUAAAAGAGAGACUGUGGAAUGACCAUUUUGCAGAAUAUGGCAGAACUGUGUGCAUGUUUCGCACAGAGAAGAUUAGAAAAUUAGUUGCAAUGGGAAUCCCAGAAUCUUUACGAGGCAAACUCUGGCUCCUCUUUUCAGAUGCUGUGACUGAUCUUGCCUCCAAUCCUGGUUACUACGGAAAUUUAGUGGAGGCGUCAAUGGGCAAGUGUUGCAUGGCAACAGAGGAGAUUGAACGGGACCUGCAUCGCUCAUUGCCUGAGCACCCAGCCUUCCAGAAUGAAACUGGGAUAGCAGCCUUGAGGAGAGUUCUGACAGCGUAUGCACAUAGGAACCCCAAAAUAGGAUACUGCCAGUCUAUGAAUAUCUUGACCUCUGUGCUGCUGUUGUAUGCCAAAGAGGAGGAAGCUUUUUGGCUGCUGGUUGCUGUGUGUGAGAGGAUGCUGCCGGAUUACUUUAACCACCGAGUGAUAGGUGCUCAGGUAGACCAGUCAGUCUUUGAAGAGCUUAUAAAGGAGCGACUUCCAGAACUGGCUGAACACAUGAAAGAUCUGUCCACCUUGGCUUCCAUUUCCCUUUCAUGGUUCCUUACCCUGUUCCUCAGCAUCAUGCCCCUAGAAAGUGCUGUGAAUGUCGUAGACUGCUUCUUCUUCGAUGGAAUCAAAGCCAUUUUCCAGUUGGGCUUGGCUAUUCUUGAAUCCAAUGCAGCAGAACUAUGUAACAGCAAGGAUGAUGGGCAUGCCUUGAUGAUUCUUAGCAGGUUUUUCGAUCACGUUCAAAAUGAGGAAAGCCCUCUACCUCCAAUCGGUAAUCACCAUGCCUUUUUCAGCGAUGAUCAGGAGCCCUGUCCAGUGACUGAAAUAGCUGACCUAAUCCGGGAUUCCUAUGAGAAAUUCGGAGACCACUCUGUGGAACAGAUAGAGCGUAUGCGCUAUAAACACAGGAUUCGUGUUCUACAAAGCCAUGAGGAUACAACCAAACAAAAUGUGCUCAGAGUUGUCAUCCCAGAUGUUUCAAUUCUUCCUGAAGAUUUAGAGGAACUAUAUGACUUGUUUAAGAGAGAACAUCUAAUGAGCUGCUACUGGCAAGGGAUGAGACCUGUACUUCUGCGACAUGACCCAAGUCGGCCUUAUGCUGAGCAGUACAGAAUAGACUCUCAGCAGUUCACUAACCUUUAUAAACUUGUCUCACCGUGGACGUGUGGGGAACACACUCAAAUUUUAGCUGAAAGAACAUUCCGACUUCUGGAUGAAAAUAUGGACCAUCUCAUCGAAUUCAAAGGAUUUGCUAGCUGUUUAGAUGUUAUGUAUAAUGGAGAAAUGAAUGAAAAGAUAAACCUGUUAUACAGGCUGCACAUCCCUCCUGCGCUCACAGAAAAUGAGAAAGACAGUCAGUCUCCACUAAAGAAUCCUUUAUUGUCUACUUCGAGGCCACUAGUAUUUGGAAAAACAAAUGGUGAUACAGUAGAUUACCAGAAGCAACUGAAGCAGAUGCUUAAAGAUUUAGCCAAAGAGAAGGAUACUAAAACUGAAAAAGCAAUGCCAAAAAUGAGCCAGAGGGAAUUCAUCCAGUUCUGCAAAACCUUGUACAGCAUGUUUCAUGAAGAUCCAGAGGAAAACUCUUUAUAUCAAGCCAUUGCCACUGUGACCACUUUACUACUUCAGAUUGGAGAAGUGGGUCAAAGAAGUAGCAGUUUGGGGAGUGGAUCAGAUGAAUUUGCCGAGGAUGUACAGUCUGAGGCCUCGGCCUCAGACCAGGAUACUGUUUUUACUGACACUGUGAAGACUACUCAUAAAGAGACUCAAUCUUUACCUGUGACUGAAGGGAACUGGAUUAUCUCCUUCGAACAAAUUUUAGCAUCACUUUUGACUGAACAGUCACUAGUAAAUUUCUUUGAAAAGCCUUUAGAACUGAAACCAAAACUGGAGAAUGCAAAGCUAAAUCAAUACUGUCUCAAAACAAAUGGAAUGAGUGACCAGUCACUAGCUGAACACAUGAAACUGAAUACACAGUAGCAAAGUUGCCUGAAACUGACUGCACUGAAGUUACACCAAAGCGACGUGUUGCAAAGGCUGGCUUUUGGUUAGCAGUGGACUGUUUUGUUUGCUCCUCAGUUUGAGAGCGUUAAAAGCUAAAGGGGUGUGUAGUUUGUGCUAUUGAUUUAUUAAAUAUGUUCUUGUUUUGAAUGUAAAAGGAAACAUCUGUCUGCACUGUGAAGACACUGCAGACCCAUUACAUAUUGGGAGAGCAGAAGCUGGCUCCAGUAGUUUUGUUACAGAGAUUGUUUGUUUGUUUUUUUAAUUGGGGCAAAACCCUCCUCAGCUACUGUCUGCAGUUUGUUUAUGUGGUGGUUUGGGGUUUUUUGUUUUUUUUGCACUAACCCUGAAGACUUGUUUCAAUGCUGGUAAUUGAAACUAUUUUAAUAUUUUUGAUUGUAUUCAGAGCUGUAUGUCUUGCUAAUGUUAAGUGUACAUGGACUGCUUCUGAUGUUCUGUGAAAACAUGCACUUUUCAAUUAAACCUUUUUGUACUGGACUUUACCCUAA